AUGGCUGAAUUAAAUCCCGUUUUGCUGCCUGACGAUGAUGUCAUCGACGACGGUGACUCGGCGAUCGGCGACGAUGCCGCAUCGUCAACUCAGAGUCUUUCCAGCUCCAUCGUCCAGUAUCGCAAAGAAAAUGGCAGAACGUAUCAUGCAUACAAGGAUGGAAAAUACAAUCUUCCCAACGACGACCUUGAGAAUGAGAGACUAGAUUUGCAGCAUCAUCUAUUCUUUCUGACCUACGCUGACAAGCUCGGGCUUGCGCCUCCAAACGAAGUCGACUCAAAGGUCCGGCGGGUCCUUGACUUGGGGACCGGCACAGGCAUUUGGGCAAUGGAUUUUGCUGAUGAGCAUCCGGAAUCCGAGGUAUGGCUAUUUGAUGUCGGAUCCAAGCCCUACCGCUCACGGCAAGCACAGGUCACUGGCGUUGAUCUUUCGCCCAUCCAGCCUAGCUUUGUUCCUCCUAACGUCCGAUUCAUAAUUGAUGACAUCGACGAGGAAUGGAGCUAUUCGGAGCCUUUUGACUAUAUCCAUAGUAGAAUGAUGAACUUUAGCGUUGUGGACUGGACCUCAUACCUCCACAAGAUCCACGAUAAUCUGACCCCCGGCGGCUAUGUCGAAAUCCAAGAGAUCGACAUCAACAUGACAUCCGACGACGGCUCUCUUUCAGACAACCACCCACUCUUCAAGUGGAGGAAUCUCCUUAAAGACGCAUCCGUCAAACUCGGUCGGCCUUACGCCAGCUUCGACGUCAUCACAAAGGCCAUGACCGAGGCUGGUUUUACCAACCUUGUAGACACUCGCUUCAAGUGGCCAACGAACCGAUGGCCCAAGGACAAGAAAUACAAGGAGCUCGGCAUGUGGAACAACGAAAACACAAAUGCCGCUUUAGAAGCGCUGUCGUUGGCGUCGUUCACAAGAGCCUUUGGGUGGGGUCGCGAGGAGGUGACAGUCUUGCUGGCUGAUGUCAGGAAGGAUCUGAACGACCCGAAGGUUCAUGCUUACUGGCCAAUGCAUCUGCUCCAUCUACGCGAAGAAACCCGAAGCGUAAGGCCUUCCAUAGUUCAAUGA